GGCCGAUAAGACUUUUUGUGAUAAGAGAUAUGGAUGCUUCCACAUCCAGUCCAUUAAAGUGAGCAGUGACAGUAGAACGUUCGCAAAAAUGUCUACAGAAACUGGCAGUGAAUCAAAAAGCAAAGCUUUUCGGCGUAAAACUAAAAAGUACGUCAAAACCAUGUUCAGCAUGAAUUUAGUGAAGAGGAAAUUGCCAAUAAUAAAUUGGCUGCCAAAAUAUAAAUCCGAAUACAUCAUUCAAGAUAUCAUAGCUGGAAUCACUGUGGGGCUGACCGCCAUACCACAAGGCAUCGCCUACGCCAUCAUCGCUGGUUUAACUCCGGAAUAUGGGCUGUACGCAUCGCUUACGUCAGGAGUCGUUUAUGUGAUCUUUGGAAGCUGCUACAAUGUGACAGUUGGACCGACGGCCAUUCUAGCGGCAAUGGUGGCAAAAUACGUGUCCACCUACUCUGCUGACUUCGCUAUCCUCACCGCUUUCCUAUCAGGAGUAUUCAUGUUCAUCUUGGGUAUCUUUAAUCUAGGAUUUCUAGUGGAAUUUAUAUCCAUGCCGGUAAUAAGUGGUUUUACAACAGCUGCGGCUCUUCAAAUUGCGGCAGCUCAAUUAAAAUCAUUCUUUGGAAUUAAAAGUUCAUACGGUGACAGUUUCGUUGAAUCGAUACAAAAUUUCUUUGUAAACAUAAGUACAAUGCAACUAUGGGAAACAGUACUCAGCUUUGCAACCAUAAUAAUGCUGUUGUUGCUACAAAAAUUGGGACAAGGUUGCAAACGAACAGACGGAUUUGUUAAACAAACGAGGUGGUUUAUAUCAUUGUCAAGAAAUGCUGUCGUCGUAGUCAUCGGUAUGAUUAUUGCUUACAUUCUUAAAAUUACAACUAGUUCUGAACCCUUGGCAAUAAUUGGUGACAUUGGUGGCGGAUUACCGAAAUUCAGCUGGCCACCAUUUAGCACUUUAGUAGGUGAUAAAGUAUACAGUUUUAGUGAAAUGUUGUCGAUAUUGGGAAUACAGUCCGUUAUGGUACCAUUUGUAGCCAUUUUGGAAACUAUGGCCAUUGCAAAGGCUUUUGCUGUUGGUGGAAGAAUUGACGCUACACAAGAGUUGAUUGCUGUCGGUCUCUGUAACAUAAUUGGAUCGUUCGGACAAAGUAUGCCCAUCACUGGUUCUUUUAUGAGAACGGCAAUUAACCAUGUUUCUGGUGUUAAAACUCCAGCUGGUGGAGUGACCAAGGUAUUGCUGUUAAUAUUUUCUCUGACCUACUUAACUUCAACAUUCUAUUACAUUCCAAAAGCAUCGUUAGCCGGCCUCAUAAUAACUGCAAUGUUUAGCAUGAUUGACUAUGGAUUAUAUGCUAAAUUGUGGAGGAAUAGUCUUAGGGAGUUUUAUAUACUAAUGUCAACGAUGAUUGGUUGUUUAAUUCUAGGUUUGGAGUAUGGGAUUAUAAUAGGCAUACUUAAAGAAACAUUUUUCUUAUUAUAUAGUGUAGCGAGACCGAACAUAGAAAUUAAGAAGAUCAAAUGUGACAAAGGUAGUCUGACUGUUGUAUUUUUAUGUGAGAAUGUGUCGUAUUGUACAGUUGAACACGUUCGUCAAAAAGUUAUUAUGGCUUCAUCCAAUGAAGUAUCAGUAGUAAUAGAUGGCAGUAGUUUAAAAAAGCUUGACUUUACAGCAGCGUGUAACUUGGUGUCGAUUGUAAAAGAUUUGGAAACAACUCAUCAAAUCGUGCUUUUAAAUUUUAGAGAUGACUUUAAAAACCUUUGUUUAGAUAUUGAUUCAAGAUUCGUAAACAAGUUUGUGUGCGCCGCUAACUAUAACGAAGUAACUGAUGUUUUUCCAAAAGAUGUAUGACGCAUUAUUAGAAUUAUUAUAGGAUAGCCCUAGUUUACUUAUGUUUUUGUGAAACUUGCUAAGGAAGGCAGCGUUUCACUUAAAAAUAAUUAUUACCAAUUUUUGUAAAACCUUUAUAGGUAGCCUUUGUAAAAUUUUCUCGCGUCUCCUUAUCCCUGAACUGGUUUAAGUCAUUUCAUAAUAAUCACAAUAGAUUUUUAAAUUAAAAGGAUUAUGUGAAACGGUAGCGGUUAUUUUCUUACAGCCCUUAGUGACCCAUCGCUUGGCAAAGGCACUCCCCAAAUCUUAUCACCAUUCUCUCACGCAAUCUCGAAAAAUUUCGGAGUACAUUCAAAUCAUAGAAUUAAUUCCAUUAAAGUCCUGAAUAAGUAAUUUUAUCUAGCUCAAGUUUACUAAAUCUAAUCUUGGAAUUUCACCCUUAAAAACUCAUAUCUUCUGCAGAAUCCGAUAUGAAUUUUAAACUUAAACUUGCUACUAGAGUUAUUUGACCUCGAACAAGUUAUCACGUUAUUUCUGACAGAUGAGCGUGCUAACGAAUGUUUACGGGUUGUUAUUCCGACAAUAUUUCCGUUGCUUGCCAGUUCCGUUUCAAUCGUAGCAAUGAGGUCUGACAGUUGAUUACUAUUAUCAUGUUGGCCUUUAAGGAAAAAUAUGAGAGCCCCACUUAAGAGUGCACUACCAAAUUGCAUCAUAACGAGGCAUGUCAUAUCAAUAAGCCUAACACACCUCAGUCUGACCGAUAUAUCCGUAUCUUUUGGAAACAAAUCUUGAUGUUUUAAAAACUUGCGUAAUAAAACGUCUUUGCUACCAGGCACUGCUAGUAACAUCAUUAAAGAUGCACAAGAAAAUAAGGACCUUUGGUUGAUCUAUAUUCUGAAAUGAUAGUCAAUCUGACCGAUAAGAGCACUUGCGAUAAGAGAUAUGGCUUAAACUACUUCCAGUAUACUAAAGUGAGUGGUGACAGCAGAACGUCCGCAAAAAUGACUGUAGAAAUUCAAAGUGAAUCAAAAAGUAAAGCUUUUCGACGUAAAACUAAAAAGUACGUCAAAAACACGUUCAGCAUGAAUUUAGUGAGGAGAAGAUUACCCAUCAUAAGUUGGCUGCCGAAGUAUAAGUCUGAGUACUUCAUUCAAGAUAUCAUAGCUGGCAUCACUGUGGGGCUGACCGCCAUACCACAAGGCAUCGCCUACGCCGUCAUCGCUGGUUUAACUCCUGAAUAUGGGCUGUACGCAUCGCUUACGUCAGGAGUCAUUUAUGUGAUCUUUGGAAGCUGCUACAAUGUGACUGUUGGACCGACGGCCAUUCUAGCGGCUAUGGUGGCAAAAUACGUGUCCACCUACUCUGCUGACUUCGCUAUCCUCACCGCUUUCCUAUCAGGAGUAUUCAUGUUCCUCAUGGGUAUCUUCAACCUGGGAUUUCUGGUUGAAUUCAUAUCCAUGCCGGUAAUAAGCGGUUUUACAACUGCAGCGGCUCUUCAAAUUGCAGCGGCUCAAUUAAAAUCAUUCUUCGGAUUGAAAGGAUCCUCAGGAAACUUUUUUUCUGAGUCAGUACAAAAUUUCUUUGCGAACAUAACUACAGUACAAAUUUGGGAAACGGUGCUUAGCUCCGGAACCAUAAUCAUGCUGAUGUUGCUACAAAAAUUGGGGCAAGGUUGCAAACGAACUGAUGGAUUUGUUAAACAAACGAGGUGGUUUAUAUCUUUGUCAAGAAAUGCUGUCGUCGUAGUCAUUGGUAUGAUUAUUGCUUAUAUACUUAAAGUUACAACUGGUUCUGAACCCUUGGCAAUAAUCGGUGACAUCGGUAGCGGGUUGCCGAAGUUCAGCUGGCCACCAUUCAGCACUUUAGUCGGCGACGAAGUAUACAGUUUCAGGGACAUGAUGUCGAUAUUGGGAAUCCAGUCCGUUAUGGUGCCAUUCGUAGCAAUUUUAGAAACUGUCGCCAUUGCGAAAGCCUUUGCUGUUGGUGGAAGAAUUGACGCUACACAAGAAUUGAUCGCAGUUGGCCUUUGUAACAUAAUUGGAUCGUUCGGACAAAGUAUGCCUAUUACUGGAUCCUUUACGAGAACAGCGUUGAACCAUGUUUCUGGCGUUAAAACUCCAGCAGGUGGAGUGACCAAGGUAUUACUGCUAGUAGUUUCUCUGACCUACUUAACUUCAACAUUCUAUUACAUUCCUAAAGCCUCGUUAGCCGGCCUCAUAAUAACUGCAAUGUUUAGUAUGAUUGACUAUGGAAUAUUUUCUAAACUGUGGAAAAAUAGUCUUAUAGAGUUUUGUAUAUUAAUGGCUACCUUGAUUGGCUGCUUAUUUCUGGGUCUGGAGUAUGGAAUUAUAAUAGGAAUACUGAUAGAAGCUUUGUUGUUGUUAUAUAACGUAGCGAGACCAAAAAUAGAAAUUAAUAAGAUCAAGUGCGACCAAGGUGAUGUGAGUGUUGUUCCUUUAGGUGAGAAUGUGUCGUAUUGUGCCGUGGAACAUGUGCGACAACGUGUUAUAAAAGCUUCAUCUAGUCCAGCCCCAGUAAUACUCGAUGGCGGAAAUUUAAAGAAGCUAGAUUUUACAGCAGCAUAUAACUUGAUGUCUAUUGUAAAAGAUUUGGAGACAACUCACCAAAUCGUGCUAUUAAAUUUUAGAGUUGACUUUAAAAAACUGUGUUUAGACAUUGAUUCUCGAUAUGCAAGCAAGUUUGUGUAUGCCGCUAAUUAUAACGAAAUAACUGAUGUUUUUCCAAAAGACGUGUAAGAAAUUAGUUUUAAAGAAGUUACGAUACGACUAGCAAAUGAAACUGAUUUGAAAGAUGUUAAUGUCUGACUUUCUUAUCGAGGGACUGCAGAGGUUACUAGAGUAUUAAAUAAUAAUUCUCAUGAUGGAUAAACAUGUCACAAUUCAGAUAAGGAUAAUCUGAAGUACUUUCUUAGUCUCAAUACAAUAGUUAUCACUAUCGUGUUCGAGAUAUCGAAAUUGUUUCUUAAAAUAGACAUACUUUUUUGUAUGAAUUUCGUAUGCUUAGUGCAAUGGGGU